AUGGUCUCCUGGAAUUUCAAAAAGAACAAACACUCGAAAUCUAACCAUCCAGUCCUGUCGAAAUCAACGACGAUGAUGACAACAUUGACGUCUGGUGACCCUGGCACAACCGCAACCAACCACCCCAAAGAGUUGCUCAAGCACACUACCAAGUCCACUGGGGCCCUUUCCUCCAUGGCAAGUAAUAACGAUGAUGCUGGAUCAGACCCAUUAUCACCUCAAGAACUUAGCACCCUUCAAGGCUCUACAGCCUCGAUGUUCAAUCGCAGCAACGUCAACUCGUACUAUAAGUUUCUGGGCACCAUUCCUUUGGAGAACAGUAAUGCUAACAAUGACUUUACCAGGACUCAAGACAGAAUCCCUCCUUCUAAAGUGAUGCAUCCUAAUAAUACUUCUGCUACUGAUACUGCUAUCAUUACAACAAAUGAAGAUUCUGAAAAAGUAUCAAGUACUCCAUCAACACUCAAACAAACCGGGCUUCUGUCUAACAAAAAUCUAUCAAGGUCUGGUUCAGGAAACGAAAUAAAUAAAAAAUUGCCAAAGAAACAAUCUAACAGGAAUUUACAAAAGGAUGGCGACAUUAGUAAAAAGAAACCAAGAAGAAAGUCUUUAUUUGGAUUAUUUGCGAGAAGUCUGAGUGGGGACUCCCUUGAAAACCCUCUUCCAAAUCAAAAAGAUAUGAUGACAUCAUUGGGCAAUACCAAAAUCGAAGACAAUGAUAAAUCGACCAUCAAGCCAAAAAUUGAUUCGCUAGAUAAUAUUGUGGCUGCUCCAAAGAAAAUACAAAACGAUGACGAUUCGGAUGAUUUGAUAUCGCCAGCCAGCGAGAGAUUUCCUCGAAAAUCUCCAGAACCCGAUGAUGAAGAAAUCAACAGCUCCAAGCUCAUUAUCAUCAAAUCAAAUGAUCUGGACAAUAAUGAGAUAAACGAGCAACAACUGCUGAAACAAGACCACAAAGCAAUUGAUGCUACUGCCGAUUUAUCUAAUCCUUUCUUUAUGAAACACUUGGCCAAAAAAUAUUCCAAUGUCAACCCUAUUUUGCCUUCUUCGCCAGUACUUAGUGAUGUAUCCUCCGGUAUACCAGUUACUUCUAAUCCGGAUAAAAACUUUGAAUUUGGUACCAACAUUGAUACCCAACUUAGUGGGGCGUCAAGUCCUAACAUGGUCCGGAGAAACUCUUUGAUUUUUGAAAGAAAUGUUCAGGAACAACCGUCAUUUUCUCGCAGAAGCUCUUUUCUUCAUAAUCCGAAUUCGUCUCCUCAUCAAUUGAUCUCUAAAAAGAGCGCCUCGUCUCUUCAUCUUCGCGGUUCGUCACCAGGAAGUCCUAGCAGUCCAAAUUUUUCCCAUUUUUUUGAAAAACCAACGAAACCAAAUGAUGAUGAUCUCACGAGACGCAGAUCAUCUUCGUCGACUGCCUCACUCACUUGCCCACCAGGACUCAAAAGUAUUCCAAAUCAUUACAUUCUUGAUGAUUAUAUUUCUCCGGUGCUUGACUCGGCAGUGAAUCUUAAUUUAGAAACUACCAACACCUCCAUUAGCGAUCCAUUAUCCGGAACUGGUGGGGGUGAUAUUUCCCCAAGCAGCUCUCUGGGAAUUAAUUUGAUCCUCGAAAAACUGCCUAGGAGACCGUCGAUCAUUGAAACAUCCCUCAAUAAUUAUCUCGACAAAACCCUCAAUAGCAACUCGAAUACUAGCGGUGAUGCUGCUACUGCUACUAUGACCAAAAAGUUGGCAUCAAGUAGUAGUACCAGCCUUUUGUUGCGCUCAAAUGACGAUGCUGGUCCUGGUGUGCCACCUCCUGAAUCAGAUUUGACUACAUCUCCGGCAUAUAAAUCUAAAAGUAACGAAACAUCUGAAGGCUCCUGUUAUUCAAGACGCAACUCGCUAUAUGUUGGGUUAUCCCCAUACCCUCCACGAAAGAAGAGCGUUAGCCUGGCGACUCUCGGGCAUCAUUGCCAUUUGAAUAAAAGCGUCACAGAGUUGAAUAAUGGAUCAACACCGGUUAGGGUCAAAAGUAAUACCGUUAGCUCCAAUACUUCGACGAUCAGAGAUCGGGAAACUGAGCCGCAAAGUGGGCUCAGAGUACACACUUUUGGCAAUGGUGCACCAGUGGCAAAAGCUAUUGAUUUCAACUCGUACGCCGAGCUUUUGGAUAUGGAAAAUAGCGUCGGUGAUGGGUUUUACACUUAUAGUAUGGAUAAUGAUAAAAACACCGCAGUUGAUGAUGCCAGUCCACGAAAUGAGGAAUUUUACGAUGCUUUGACCAGCCCAGCUAAGACUCAAUCAUUUGAUAUUAAAAAAAUUGAGACUUAA